GAUCGUAUUCCGCACAUCCAUUCGGGUCGGCAACAACACGCAGUGGCACCAUCGACGUGCUAAUCCAAGCCAGCGCACGACCACAAGCAGUUUUGCAGAUUCACUCUCUUCAAAGCCGAUCUAAGUCAAACAACAUAUCCGCAAAGUGCAUCGUGCACACUACCCUAUGUCGAAGAUAAUAUUCCGUACGCUGUGGGGCGUUUGCUAGGGAGUUUCCCGGUGCAGUUCCGCGUGGAUCACUGUCUCACGUCGAUAUCCGGUGGGCGUUGUGCGCGAACCUUCCCCACCCCACGCGACUCCAUUCCUAGUGCCAACAAAUAUUCCGCUUCGAAGAUAAGGGUAACAGCAAAAAGUCUCACAAACAAUAACCCACCAUAACACAACGAUUGUGGUUAACUCCGUCGGCAUCCACCGAAAAACAAUUGCCAACUAUUAUGGACUACUCAGGCGCGGGAAGUAUUAAGAAAAUCUUCGGUCGUCAACGAGAACCAUACGGCUUCGUCACGAUUCACCAACCUCAAGAAGUUAAGGGAAUGGAGGCUGUUUUCUAUUUAAAGGAUGUUCUUGUGUCUGAAGACGAGCGUCGACUACUUCAGGGUGGCCUUAUUGUGCAUUUUAACUUCGCGAGAAAACCUAUAGACCGCAUGAAGGCGCCUUGUCCUUUUAGGGCGACACAGGUCCGUGUCCAAGACCCCAUGGAAUACAAAGGCACAGUUGCACGUUGCAAUCAAGGAAGUUUAACUGUUUUCCUAGACGUCUUAUUCAAACAAGUUCGUGUGCCAUAUUCAGCGCAAUUGGCUGUUACCGGCGACAGAUGCAUUGUGACAAUCUCUUGGAAGCAGAUGGUUCGCGCCUUGAGGAAGAAUCGUGACCCUGUUGGCCAGCUUGUGGCGCUCGAUCGCAAGAACCUUGACACCAAAGACAGUUAUGUUAAUAAAAUCAAGGAUAUUCAUACAGCGGCGAACAAUUCCGUAACAGUUCAAGCAAGCUCAGUAACGCUGAACUCAAUUGCUCGAAGUUACGAUGAAUUCGAUGAUGAUGUGUUUUCAUCAAAUUUUGCCGGACCGAGCCAAGGUUUUAGUACCAGUCGGGACUCACGUGACAGCGACUCAGUCACGAACAGCAGCAUGUAUUCACAGUCGUCCUACAGGACCAAUUCGAUCAGUUCGUUCGGCCAACCGGAGUCUCAUCAGCGUUCACUGCAGGCGUUUCAGUCACAAUAUCAACAAAUGUGGAACCUUCAAUCCCGGACGCUGUCAACCAGACAGAGCUCGGUAAGUAGCUGCGGCUGCGGGUUGUUGGGGGGUUCAAUCUGGAGCACCGAUUUUGUUUCGCAAACGGACAUGAGGAGUACGAAGGACUCACGUGGCUCAAGUUCGUCGGGCAACAGUUCACCAGACUCGGCCCGACGUGACUCACUUGGCGAGGUCGGAGACAAGUGGAGUGAUGCCGACUGGCACAUGCAGACGAUUCGAAUUGCAGAAAUGGCGCUGCCGGGUAAACGCUAAAUGGACUCUCAGGGGAACGCUUUGCUUAAAUGACAUGGAUUUUCAAUACGGCAGAUCGCAGAUUUGGGUGAUUGUCUGUGUGGAGUAAAGCCAAUAAUUGUGACAUCAUGCUAAACGCGAUGCGCCAGCGAAUCGAUCACUACUCACCCGUAAUUUGUAUAUAAUUGCAUAUGAUUUAUACUCUAUAAUAAUUAGGAGUUGUGAUACGGAUUUAAUAUUACAAUAUUAACGACACGGGGGUCAUCGGCGCCAUUGCAAGGAAAAAUCGAGUGAAUGUGGGCCAGCCAUUGCGUUCCAUGGAUGCCUAUGGCGCCUCGUAGAAACGUAUUGUUAGGCGAGCGGACUGCUACAGCUGGAAGAGAUGCGUAAAUCUUCCUCGCUUCUGGGAUGUCCCGCCCGUACAAAUGGUCCCAUGGCACACGGCAGUCGGAAGUUUUUGUGAAUGUUUUUUGCAGGCAUUAUGCUGCAAAGCGGAAUGUAUGUGAGGGAUUACGUACGGUCAGUAUCGUACAAGAAUGCUCUCAGUAACAAUUUUUAAGAAACCCUUUUAUCUCAGUACUUUUUUAUGUUCUUUCAAUUGACGAUACCAAAAGUGACGGAAAGCAAAAUCGAAAACUGAUUGAGAGUCUAUACGUUGCUGCGUCGCUCAACAUUGACCAAUUCAAAUUGAUGCCUUCGAAAAAACUCUAUAGAACAGAGUUAUAUUAUUUUUGAAGAGGCCGUUCUGGUGGAUAUGCGUCAAAGGAUUAACUCCAUUAUACAACUCUGUCAUAGAUAACCGCAUAUACACAAAAAUGCAACACAAAACAAAUGGGAGACACUCGAAGCCACGCCUAGCGGUUGUGUACCGUAUUCUAUUUACAAUUUAAAAGUAUUCUAUAUAAAUCUAAACGAUAAUCCAUUCAUACACACAGAUGCACACAUAUACAACUACAUAUAAAUAUGUACAUAGGCAAUAUUUUACUAAAAUUCAUUGUCUCUAAACGAACGCAGCGGUCGAGAUUGUGUUGUGGGGCGACAAUGAUCUUCGACAAACCGGAUUUCAUAUGUUUACAUCCUGCGCUAGUGGACGAGAUUUACGAAUAUGGGCUAAUUGUGCCUUUGUUUUCUUUUUUUUUUUGCUCAAAUACUAAUUUGCGAAUUAAUCGUCACCAAUUUCUCUCCAACAAUGUUGUCCCUAUCUACGCUAAAAUUUUGCGCAACUUCACUCUUCGGGGGGUCGCAUCAAGGUCACUGAUUGUCAGAGCUGAGCGGGAACUUGAAGCCAGCUGAUACAAUACCAUAGUGAUGUGCCAGAAAUAUAUAAUCAAGACCAGCUAAAUGAAAUCAUCAUUGUGGGGAUGAGUGGCAUUCAUUCGAUGUAAGCCCGGUCAAAUCGGGCUAAACGGGGCGUAGCUUCACCAGAAUCAUUGCCAGUCACUCGAAGCAAACGAAGUUGUAUGCUUCUUGCUCAUUAAUAGAAAACACCAGAAUGGGAGAGAAAAAAUAAAUAAACUAAUUGAAUUUUAUUUAAGUCGUGUUGUUCUUAGUUUGCGAUGGCGAUUUUUUUCAAGCGUGAUCAAAAAGAAGAUAUUCUAAGCACCUACUUAUAACUAGUCUACUACCAUACGAAUGAGUGUGCUUCUUCUAAGGAAUUAUAAUCAUAUAUAGGUACUUUAUGUAAGGCAGAAAAGACAUGUUUAUUGUUAACGCAACUAUCAAUGUUGAUAAGCGCCUGCGAAACAGCGCUUUGUAACAAAUCCCAAUGUUUUCCGUACUCGAGCAGUACUACGAGGUAUACGUUCACACGGUGGUAUUACUUGCAUGCAUUCUCGCAUAGCAUCUGAUUUUCGCAUUACUUUUAGAUUGAAAAUUCCCGAUCAAGACCAGAACACCAGGCUAACUCAAAUAUCGAUGUGGUGCAAUUAAACUGAGCACGGGCCUUUUUUAUAGUGACAGUGAAUUCCGCAAGAUAACGCACUCAUAUUCACAGAAACGGUAUAUCUUAAUAAAGACAAGAACAAAAUUUUGUAAAUCUAAUGAUUUUUUUCUAAACUUAGUCUUGAGGUGAGAAAACAACGAUUUUUAAAAGAAAUAUAAGAACUCCAAGAAAGGCUCUGCGGAGUACUCGUAGAAAUAUUCUGCCAAAUGAUCAAAACUAAUUAUAGAUAGAUACGUAUACCGGAAACAGACGUUUACGGGCGAACACUAUUCGAGCAUGGUAAACGUAGGCCCUGCAUGUUUUAAAGCUGGUUUUACUAGACGUGGUAUAUAUGGAUUUAAAUGCUUAAUUUAAGAUAAUGGGACGUAUCCCCAGUUAGAAGAAAAAGCUAAAUAUCUCUUAUAAUAGUUCGUUAGAUAGUUAGAACCGUUUUCCUGUCUAACGACGCUUAAUUGUACACCGGUUAAUAACAGCAACUGGCGACAAUUUUGUCAAUAUGAGGUUUAGAACAUUUCUGCCUAACACCAUAUGUCCUCCUAAGCUAUGGACAUUAACGAGGAUCUUUUCUGUUAAGAACCUCGUUAACCAUGUAAAGGGUUUUACAGUUUCUAUUCCUGUCUUUUUUGUAGGAAAUAAAAAAAUACUAACAUGCCGUACAUAUUAUUUACUCAUGAUAGCCAGCACAAAACAAUAAGCUUUGCCUAUAUGCGUAGCCUCGAGACUUCACCCGAACGUGGGAAUACGAUGUAAAAGCGGCUUUAGGCUGGCAAUAAAGCAAAUCCUUAGAUUCGCGAUGUCCGACAUAGAAAGGUUUGCCGACACUUUCCUUGUUUGAGUUGUCGUCCGAUUUUCCAUUGAAGAUUCGCGAACUGGGUGAGGUUGGCUCGCACGGUACAGUAAGACGUUUUCCCUAAGAGAAGCUAAAUGCAUCGAUAUCAUCUUUUUAGGUAAUAGACUGUUCAGGCAACAAAUGCCCACUGCAUUUUAAAGCACACACAGCUUUCGAUGACAUAAUUAUUGGUACGAUCUGUCAAAUGACCGCUGUUUCAGCGGCGAAGUAGCGCAUUUACUUUAGCGAUGUGAUAGCUUUAGAAGAUAAAAUUCAUUUUGUUAAUUUGCCGUUCACUAUCUGAAUGCGUUUCCUUAAA